UGGCGAUAAUUAAGUUUAAACUUUUUUCGUUGCUAAGUUUGUCGUUGAUUUGCGUUUUUCACUGAUUUAAGUUCGCAAAUUUAAAUAAAAAUAUAAAUUAUAAACAAUUAUAAUAAAAAAUUAUUUAAAAUAAUCAUCUAUUUAAUUUCAAUGAAAAGCUGAAAAGUAACUUAGUUAUUAAAAUUUUAAAAUAUCAAAAUGGUGAAAUUGCAAGUAAAAAAAGGCGACGACAAUCAGUUUUUGUUCGAGACGAGUACGGCGGUGAGCAUCGAUGAGUUAACCAGAGAAAUUGUUCAAAUAUACAAUAAAAGACUCAAAGUGCACAGAAUAUGCGGGGAGGUAGAAGAGUUAGCUGACCACGGAAUUUCAUUACCUCCUAAUAUGCAGGGCCUAACUGAUGACCAGAUUGAAGAGUUGAAAUUAGUUGAUGAAUGGGCCAAUAUUAGUAUUCCAAGUGGAGGUCCAGUUGAUCGAAAAGAUGAUAUAGGCAGGAGGAAUGGAAAAGCCCCAAACGAACAGAUGUCUGAAAUUUUAAAGAAAACGAGCAAAGAAGCUAAGGAUAUGAUAUCCAAAAAAAAAGUAGAUUUCAACGAAUGCCUGACGGAGCCAGACGUUUCAGAGGCCAUUCAAAUUCUGAAAGGGGCCACAAUGAUUGUGUAUCCGAUGGGGCUGCCACCGCACGACCCUGUCAGGAUGGAGCUUGAGGAUAGGGAAGAUCUCAGUGGCACUCAGGCAUCUUUAGACAUCAUGGACCCAGACAAAGCCACACUCUACUGGGCUGGUAAAGAACUGCUGAGGAACAAACUUCUGAGUGAUUUCAUCGGCACCAAUGAAAAAACGAAACUCAUUGUCAAAUUACAGAAAAGCAAGGGUGUACCAGCCAGAGAGCCAGUUGUAACAGAGAAAGAACAAAAGGAAAUGAUGGCAUACUAUUAUAGGAGGCAAGAAGAAAUGAAGAAACUAGAAGAGUGUACAGACGAUUCGUAUUACGAUAGUAACUGGGCAGACAACCAGCAGUUAAAGAGACAUUUCCAAGGGCUCAAUAAUAUUCAAUUUAAACCCGGGAAAAAAUUAUGAUGAUGGCGAUAUAUAUCAUUAUCAUUGCCAUUCUUAUUGUUGUUAUUUAUUUAGUUAAUUUCGUUUAUUCGUUAUUAUUUUUACUGGUAGAACUGGUGGGAAAACAACUUCCACAAACUCAAUAGCACAAUUUAUAAUUGAUGGCAAUCAAAUGGACAUGUUUGAGUGGCAUUUGAUACAAAUUCACGAUAAUUCAUGUUAAAUUUAUGAUGCGAAUGUUAGUUUAUACGGAGAAACCGGUAUUUCAAAAGGAUACAAAAUAAGAAUUAAGUUAAUGAAAGAU